AUGACCUCUUUGAAUCCCGGGACAUCACUUCUCAGGCGGGCUUUAUUCCCCAACUUCGAGGCAGCAUUAAGGAAAAAAGAAGGGCUUCUCUACACCCGCCUUCCAAUACUCACACACACAGACGAAGAAACUGAGGCUCGGAGAAGCGAGGCCCUAGACUUGGCCGCCUUUUCAAACAAUUCGUUUACAAAAUGCCUUUCGGGACGGGUCCGAUUUGUCGGCUGCUCGGCUGUCGCGGUUCGGUGUCCAGGGAUCCCGGGGGCCAGCAGGAGGUGUUCCCGUGCGCUGGCCCGGGGCAGAAGGCUCCCGGCGCGUCAGGCCCCCGAGGCGGCUGGGCCCGCGCGCCCCGCGCCACGCCCUGCGCCCAGGCCGCGGCUCCUCCCGCCGCCGCCGCCGCCCAGACCGCUCGUCGGCCGCCAGCGAGGGAGGAGCCGCGGGCGGGGCCGGGCGAGUUUAAAGCCCUUCGAGGGGGUGGGGAGGCCCCGAGGAGGCAGGAAGGGAAGGGAGCUGCUGUUGAGAGGGUGGGCGAUCUUGGCGCUCGGAGACCCGCCGGAGCCCAAAGUUUCCACGCAGCCCCUGGGCGGAGGCUGCAGUGCGGGGCGCCCGGGACAGUCCUGCACGCCGUCCUCGCCCCGAGGGGACUCUGUGCCCACCGCCUGCUGCACUGAGUGUCGCUGGCGGCCACGCGGAGGCGGCGAGGAGCGGCGCCGCGGCAGCUUUGGUGCUGACAGCGAUGCUGAGUGGGAGGAGACAGCCCUGGGGAGCAGCAACCCAGUGACUGGAGGGGUUCUCACCUCUGUUGUCAGUGAAUCCUGGUUGGCCUCCCAGGCAGUCAGAGCCGCUGAGCCAGCUGCUGACAGGAUUGCCCAGAAAUGGAGACACAGAAGAAGAACAACCAACAGAAGCCUUGUCUGCGUGUGUACCUGCUUAGGUGGAAAACAAGAAAAGGUGCAAAAAAACAAAAAGAAAAAGCGGAGCAGGCACCUCCCAGUCCACGAGAGCUGGCACAAUCUGAACGAGCGAACAAUCCAAAGGAUGAUGUGGACCUGGAAGUGCUGGUGAGUGAUAUGAACGCAUCUCUGGAGAGCCUUUACUCAGCUUGCAACAUGCAGUCCGAUACGGUGCCUCUCCUGCAGAAUGGGCAGCAUGCCCGCAGCCAGCCACCAGCCUCGGCCUCAAAGCCUGCCCAGCCACAGGCGUCCCCGAGGCAGAAAGUGCAGCGCUCCCAGCCGGUGCACAUCCUCGCUGUCAGGCGCCUUCAGGAGGAAGACCAGCAGUUCAGAACCUCAUCUCUGCCGGCCAUACCAAAUCCAUUCCCUGAGCUCUGUGGCCCUGGGAGCCCCCCUGUGGUCACAGCAAGUUCCCUGCCUCCGCCAACCCAGGCGCCUACAAAGCAGGUCAGUACACUUGUUGUGUAGCUGCUAUGGGGUCUGCACAGAUGUCUUGGCUUGUUACUUUGGAAUUUGUGAACUUUUUAUUGAGGGUUCUUUUAUUGUUGAUACUGUGCUUGUUGUCUUACGAGGUUUUUUAAUUUAUUAGCCAAAAUUACCAUAUUAGCUAUUUUAAAGUGUACUAAGUUAGGGAUGUAUUAAUUUGUUUUAGAAAGAGUUUCAUAAAAAUGGUUAAAAAUUAUUGAUUUGGUCUGUAAAGAUGAAUUUUAGUUCUUUGAAAGAAAUUUCACCACAUAUCAUCCUCAUUAACCAACAAUUCUGAGUAUGAAAACACUAGGCUUACUUGGGCACCUGAACUUCAAUGCAGUAAAAUUGUUGAGUUUCUAUCUUGUGUUCUUGACUUUGAAUAUGACCUGUUCAAGGCA